ACGUGAUUAUAAUGCAUUAUACAUAUAUUUAUAAUGCGUUAUAGAGAUAGGUGUCAAGUAAAGUGUUACCACAAGUUCUUAUCAAUCAGGAACAUCCCUGCCCAUACUUGCUCUCAGAGCCACACGGCUAAGUGGGAAACCACCGCUCUGGUGGUUUUUUCAACCCAUCAACCCUGAUGGGUUGAAAAAAAUCACCUGAUCAAUGGUGCACAUGUGUGUGUGUGUGCGUGAGUGUUUGUGUGUGAGUAUGUUUGUGUGGGGGGGUGGGCUAUACUUCAUCAGGAAGGCCAUGAUCAAGGUAGGGGAUCGGCUCCUGCCAGUGCUGCAGUGAACCAGAGUUGUCCCUGUGUGGUUCUGGUUGAUCCGUUCAGCCACCAGGUCGAAGUACUGUCCUAAAGGGGCAUGGGGCUGGUCCUGAAUGGGGAUAUGGAGGACCUGCAGACCGUCCAGCUGAGGGUAGGACAAGUCCUCCAGCCCUGAGGCAUUAACCACGAGUGUGACCUUCCUGCUGGAGAGGACGCCAGCAUUCAGAGCUGAAUCCAGACCACAGAGGUACAAACCAGGACGGAUCUGUGAGACUGACAUGAGCUGCUGCAGGACAGAAAACACAACAGCCUGAGGGCAAAAAUGUCCGUGGGUGCAUACACACAGUCUUUAGUGUUUUAUUAUAGACUUCAUGUCUACAGGUCCAGGACUCAGAGAUGUGAUUAUAUUCAGGGUCUGGAUUUGUGUCAGACUCAGAAUCCCACAAACCCGAGUCUUAAAUCUGAUUACUAAUAUUACACGAUUACCCAGCUUUUCUUUUAAACAUAAACUGUCUGACACACAAACCAGGUGGUUUACACUGUAGUGUGUUUAUGCCUUAAUAAUCUGAACUAAAAGAGAUUCUCUCUUUUGACACAGGGGGAUUUGAACCCAUACCUCUAGUGGAAACUACAACCUGGACACUGCUCCUAAAACUGCUCAGCCAUUCUAACUACAUGACAAAAUCCCAUGAAAAAUUCAACAGAACAAUGUUUAUAUCAUCAGGACUGUUAGUUUAUCUAUGAUCAAUAAUCUGACAAUGAUACCCCACACAGCUGUUUCAUGAAUUCACAUUCAAGGACACCCAGGACAUUAAACCAGCUGAUCAACACAGACUGAAGUAAUCUGUAUAAGCACAGAGGCUCAGGACAGAAACCAGCCCGGGCAUGUUCAGGACACACACACACACACACACACACACAAACACACACAGUCAUUUUACUUUCAUUUCUGUCUUCAGGCCGGCAGUCACACACGCGGGCACACAGGUGAGUUUUUCUCUGUUUCUACCUUUAAACCCUGGCAGUUGUUCAAUCACAUUAGGAUACUCAGUUAGUCCAAGUAUUUUAGUUCCUAAAGACAAACUCUAAACUUAAGGUUUCUCUGUAAGUUUAUUCGGAAAACUGUCGGGCGGGUCUACACCGAACUUCGUUCAGAAAUGUCACAAUUUAGUGUUAUCUUCCUAUCGGAAGAGUAUUUUGGUCGUUUCCCUUAAUUCACAAGUACCCGACGAUCGUAAGUGAACAAAAUCCAUGCAGUAUUGACAAGAAAGCUUCCGACAGUCAAUCAAACGUCCAACAGCUUCUCUAUUUAGUCUGCUGUGUCUGUGUUUUGAUGAGCCUUUCUUCGGACAUAUUUUUAACUGAGUUUGGUACUGAGAAUGUACAGUUCAAAAACACUCGGAGAAUAACAAAGAUGACAUUCAAGGGAACAACCUCUCACCUGUUUAUUCCUGUUUACUCCUAUAUAUUCCUAUUUAUUCCUGUUUGUUCCUGUUUACUUCUCCGUGAAACGGGUCUUUAGUAACAAACAAGCUGAAAGGGUUUUCCGGUCGGUAUUUUCAAAACAAAAGCACUUGUUUGUGCAUUUUGUAGUUACUCCGCCGACCUCAAGCACGAAAUUAAAAUUAUAUAAGUAAUCGUCAAUUUAUGGAAGCCCGUUUCCGCCAGUCAAAAAAAAAAAAAAAGUCGAAAUUAUGAGAUAAAAAGUCAUAAUUAUGAGAUAAAAAGUCAUAAUUAUGAGAUAAAAAGUCGAAAUUGUGAGAUAAAAAGUCAUAAUUAUGAGAUAAAAAGUCAUAAUUAUGAGAUAAAAAUUCGAAAUUAUGAGAUACUUCUUUAACACAACAGUCAAAGUAGCAGCUCUUUCUGUGAAUUCUCCUAAGCAGAAAUGGAUUGUGAGCACAUCGAAGACUACUUUAAAUGUGGAUUUACAACGAAUGAAAUUCUCCAUUUGCUUGCGGAUUUCCAUGGGAUUGUAAUAAGCAAACGCACCUUGGAAAGAAUCUUAAGCAAGAAGCAGCUUUGGCGUAGGAAGAACAAAACUGAUGUGGCUGAGGUGGCAACCCUCAUUGAACAGCAACUGGAAACGUCUGGUCAGUGUCAUGGGUACAGAUGGAUGCACCAAAAAUGUUGGUUAAACGGAAUUGUGACUGACAGAGAAACAGUUCAAAUACUGUUGCAAUUAUUGGAUGGUGAAGGUGUUGACCUGAGGUCAAGAAACAGACUCCGAAGGCGUGUGUACCACAGCUGCGGUCCAAACUAUGUCUGGCACAUUGAUGGCUACGACAAGCUGAAGCCAUUUGGAGUUGCAAUUAGUGGAUGCAUUGAUGGGUUUUCCAGAAAGAUGAUAUGGCUUGAGGCUUACAAAACAAACAAUGACCCAAAGAUCAUAGCUGGCUACUUUAUGGAUGCUGUGAUCAGUGCCGGAGGAUGUCCUGCCAAGCUCAGACUUGAUUUAGGGACAGAAAAUGGGCACAUGGCUGAAAUGCAGCGCUUUUUGCAUUUUUCCGAAAACCAAGCUGAAACAGACAGUGUAACCUUUGGUCCAAGCACUGGAAACCAGCGGAUUGAACGAUGGUGGCUGAUAUUACGAAGUGAGUGUGUCCAGUUUUGGAUAGACCUAUUUGACAAACUGAGAGAAGAUGGCUUCUUCUCAGACAACUUCUUGGACAAGUCCCUGAUCCAGUUUUGCUUUCUUCAAACAAUACAGGUAAAUGCCACAUAUAAUAAAGGAUUACCCAUUCAGUAAAUACAUUGUUGUGGGUUGAGGCAUUCAAAGUAACUCUGCAUCAAAUAAGAGGGCCUAAUUUAACAAUUAUCAUAUGUAAUGAAUGAUAUGACAUAGUUUGAGAGCCUCUUUUUGAUUUCUGGGCUAUUCCACCAUAUUUGAUUGCUGUGAAAAUAUAUUUGCAAUAUUAGUUACACUACAUCAAAUUACAUUUUGGCCUGAAUAAUAACGGUGUCAACCCACCCGAAGACAAAUCUCUAAUAUAUGUAACCAAUAUGUUUAUAUAUGCUCUGACUGAAUGUCAUAUGCCUCCCAGGAAGAACUUACUGAGGUUGCAUUGACCACAGAGUUCGUCAGGUCCACAACUCACGAUCACCUCAUGGACGUCCCUCCAUAUUGCAUGCAGUCCCUCAUCUAUACGGAGGCAGAAAUUGUUUGCAUCAUGUGGACCUGGAGAGGGUUCAAGUCUGCCUGGAAGAGUGUGUGUUCAAGGACUUUCCAUGUGAUGAAGAUGUGUUCCAUGUCUGUGUGGAUUUAAUGUCAGAGUAUGACCUGAAAUUAACAAAUGAUGUGUUUGAAACAGUUAACCUGUAUAUCGAACUCAGACGUCUGAUAAACACUGAACUGGAUCUAGAUCAUUGACUUACCUGGUCCUGUGUCACAAUUUAUAUUUCAACUGUUUAACUGCAGUACAAAUUGAAACUUAUAUGUGUUUCGACUGUCAAAAUUAUGUUUUAACCUGUGAUGAUAAAAUAUAUGUUAUUUCAGACAAAUCAAAGAGGUACCAAAUAAAGACAUUAGUCUUUCUAACAAAAAACACAGUACUAAGUGCUUUGUCAUUCCUGUAUUCACUAUUUCUGAGAAGGAAAUUUCACACACGUAUUAACUGUUGUUUUAUUUCAUUAAAACAUUUAAAACAUUAACAACAUACCAAACUGCAUGUGCUUUUCCUUUCAGCUGUAAUUUCAUUCAACUUGCUACAGCAGGGAUCCUUUAGGCUUCCAAUGUGGAAUUAAAAAAAGAAAAAGUAACUUGUAACAAGAUUGGACUAUUAUGUAACAUUUACUUGAAACAAGCAAAAAAAAAAACUAUCUUUUAAAUGACAGCAUUUUAAAUAACAUAAGUGCAGUAAUAAUGAUUUAUGAAAACAGAAAUAACCGAAAUAUUCCUGUUGAUAUUAAUGCUUUUAACUUUAGAAUAACUGUACAUAAUUACUGCUUAUCAACAUAAUAAUGACGAGUAAUAAAAAAAAUGUUACUACAAAUAUAUCAAACAUAAGUCAGCAGCCCCACUAUAUUUGCAACAAAAACAAUGCUUAACAAAGCAAGAGGGGCAAAAAACGCAACAAAAAUGUGGACAGCAUGUUAAAGCUGUGACACUCAGUAAGGUUACAAGGGAACAGAAGUAUUUCAUUCAUAAACCCAAGCUGUGAAAAACCUAGUCCUAAAAAGACUACACAUGGACCUCUGAUGGCAGUUCAGUUCCUGUUGGCUAAAAUCUUUGUUUCUUUCAAAGACUUUGUUCAUUUCAUGACGAAAAUCUGGGUAGUUGUCAUAACUGACUGGCAACUCCAAGUAACAGCCGCAUGUAUGAGCAAUAGGUCUUCUCUGAAAUCCCUGAACUUGUGUAAAGCUGACACUGAUGCUCUUUCCUGUAAACAAGUCUGAUCCAGUGCAAAAUCUGAGGAAAGAGGAGAGAUGAUGGGUGUCUGACUCUCUAAGGUAUGCACUUAGAUACUUAACAAUUUGUUUCUCCUGGGCAUUCUGGGUACUUGGGUAAGUAAUUGAUUUCAUGAUCUUUCGUGAUGUCGGUUGCAGGUCUUCAUAGAUAGCUGCAAUCCCUUUCAGCUCUGAUCUAACAGGUGCCAGCAUGUUGCUCCACUGUUCAAUCACAAAAGCUGGCUCUUGAAUCAGUUUUUGGUGAGCAAGCUCCCUCAAGAUUUGCUCAAUGUUAUCUGCUGUUGGAAGCCUCCGGCAGUUGUGAAUGUCCAUGAUUUCCAAUAAUUCUUCAUGGUCAACACUUUCAAAAGCUGAACGACAAGAUCCAAAGAUGACUCGCUCAGAUUCUGACACGUACUUGAUAAAGGUAUCUACAAGAUCACUCUCCACAGUGCCCAAAAUAGCUUGCUCCAGAAGCACAGGUGCAAGUUUUACAGGAAGGUACUUCUCUCUUUGCCAGUCAAAUGUGAUUAUUCUGCCUACACUUUCCCAUUCUUCUUUUCCAAAAUCAUGACGUAGGUAUGGCACUUUGAAGGCAUUUCCCAGAGUGCACUGCUCAUAAAAGUCAUUCCAAAAUUCUGACAGAACAUCCCUCAAAACACCUCCAUCAUCCACAGCCUGUUCAAGCUUUCCAUCAGGAAAAAUAACUUUAAAGAAAAUGUCAUCCUCCAUGACACUUUCCUCAGAAAACACUUGAAUAAGUUCUCUAAGAAUCUGACCACGAUGAAGAACAAUAAUUUUCUUCACUCUUUCUCCCUGGCUGGCUUGUUCCUGUAACAUAUCUAUGGAGGGAGUCAUGGAUGACUCAAAAGACAGGUCCUGAGAGAGAGGCAAGGUAUCAUCAAGACUGGAGUACUCCAUCCCAGAGACGCUUUCUGUGUGGAAAGUUACGAUGCCACUAUCCUCUAAAGCAUCCACAUGAAGUAAUGUUCCAUGUUCUGGAAAACUAGAUGCAUCUAUUUGGUUAGCUGUGGUAUAAAGAAGGGAAACCCUCUCACUGCUUGCAUUUGCAGAUAUUGUGCUGCUUCCAACAUAAAUGACAUCUGUAGUAUUUUGCUCCACAGCAUCUGUGGCAGAAGUGUCUGAAAAGUAACAAUAGUUAUCAGGUUCAUCAUGUGUCUUUUCAACUUGUGCAGUUGUAUCACUAUUCUCCUCACUGGUAAUAUCUCUCUUCUUCGUUUUUAAAUAAAAACGUAAGAGUGGUAACUUUGUCUUGUCAUACAGUUCACCGACUGUGAUAGUGUCCUCUAAUGGAUGUUGCUGAAAAUCAGUUAUAUCAAUCUCAAAAUCAGUCAGGCUCCCCUCUGCAUUUUUUCCACCUGGGAAAAACAACUGACCAGCUUUUUCAAUCAAGCCCUGUUUUUUCGUGUCCUUUGAGACACUCUCUCUCCUGGUUCCCCCUCCCUUUUUGGUGCGUACCUGGACAAAUUCCCCUUCUCUGUAAUGUAUCCAUCCUAGUUCAAUUUUUCUUUCACUUUUCUGAGCAUUCCCUGUAGGGCUCUGAUGCUCUCUCACAGACACCUGAUCACCUUUGUGUCGUGACAGCUUUCCUCUAAGUCGCUCAAAAAUCUUGGACUUUCGAUUGCUUGGUUCUCUUUGCUUUCUUCUGGAGUAUCCAAAAACAGCUAGUCGAUCACCGUAGGAUGGGAGAUACUCUUUUAGCUGGUCAUCUGUCAUGAAGGGUAUGACACUGGAAUCAAUCUAAAAAGAAGAAAUAUUUCAUGAAUUCUUCAGUCAAGUCCAUUAAAUCACAACAAUCAAAAAAAUGUAUACACAGCACCACAUAUUAACUACAAAGCUCUUCCAAACUAUGAAUUUUUUAGUGUUGGUGUGAUUUGUACAAGAACUUCCUAUGUUAACUACCUUCUCCUGUUCCAUUCGCUGUAUGUUUUCCUCAGGCACAUGGCGUGACCUUAAGUAGUCACUUAGCUCAUCCAUCUUGUUACAGAUAGAAAACCUCUGUUGAAUAAAAUAAGAAUUAAAAUGUGAAAUAAAAAAAAACACAAUACAUAUUUAGUUGAUUUCACAGAAUUUGUUUGCAAUUUUGAUAUUCAAGCAAUGUUCAUGUUUAAAUCCACUCUGUUCCAAGAAGAAAGGGAUAAUUACUUUACUUUAUAAAGUGUUAUCUUUCUAUUAAUAUCUUGAUUAAGUCUCUUGGUUUUCUGAUUUAGAAAAGCUGUCCUCUGAUAUUUUCACAAAUUCAAUACAUUCAAUACUUUUUAUCUGAUUAUCUAGUAGACCUAACAUCUUGUUACAUCCUCACUAUACAGUUCUCCAUUUUCAGGUCGCAUAUUUUGACUUAUUAUAACGGUCUCAUUGGCUUUUCCAUCUUUCAUGCACAUAAGUUACCCAUUAGACAGAAAUUUUUUGCCAGUCGUUAACUAAACCCGGUCACUGAGACAAACAGUCACUAAUGGAAGUCGUGCAUUUAUACAGUAAGGUAUUUGCAUACUGUUUUUAUAGCAACCUUACUGCUGUCAUGCCAUUAACAGCAAAAACACACGACCAUUACGACCAAAAUGUUCCUUUCACAAACGUGAGGAAUAGACGGAGAGUGACGUGCAGUUCUUCAUGCUAGCUGUUGCACCGAGGAUACAAUACAGGUGCUCAACAGUCCUAUGGCAUUAGCAUCGUUUCUCAGAAUCGUUAGCUAAACUGGAAAAUGACAACUCAGUGCACAGUGUACAAUUUUCGCAUGACUUUUCAACAUGCUGGAGAACACAGCGUUACAUGUAAAACUAGCUCUGAUAACACUUACCAACUCUUAACAAAGACCUUUGUGGAGACUUUUGUAGCCGACUCUAAGUAACAUAAUGCAACUCACAGGUAGAAAGUAUGGACACUGUUCCUGUCUCAGUGUCACCAUCUAGUGGCAUAAACGUUACUUCAAAACGAUGAUUCACUGACAGCAGAAAGAUAUUGUCAAAAUAACGUUGUAAUUUGUUAAGCAGCACGGACGGACUGAUUAAAUGAAUAGUAAUAUCUAAUAUCUAUCAAAGACACCUAUAAUACUUACCUAAUUUACUGAUGAGUAUCGUUUGCAUGGUGCGUCCAGUGAGGUGAAGUGAGACCUUGAAGACGGCGCCAUAAAACAUGCACACUUACUAUCUCAUCAUUUCGAUUUUUUAAUCUUUUUAUCUCAUAAUUAUGACUUUUUAAUCUCAUAAUUAUGACUUUUUAUCUCAUAAUUUCGACUUUUUUUUUUUUUUUGACUGGCAGAAACGGGCUUCCAUAUCAAUUGUUUAUCUUGUUUUUACCAAGAUAAUGUUAUGUGUUAAACAAUGUGACUGGUGACCAAAAGACUAAUCGAUCUAACCUAAGACUUACCAUUAAAGAGUUUUAGACUGACUCUGUUACAGUUAAUUAUGUGCAAAAACUGGAUCCGUUUGUCCUCAGCUCCAUUAAGGUUGCUGGAGGAGGAAGGAUUUAUGGCCUGUGCUACAGCUCAUCAUCAGAGGGUGCUGUUCUAGCGGAGGCUUCAUCCAGGGAGGAGGCAGACGAUGUCCAUACAGUCUAUUGUCACAAUCAAUAGGAGGCACUUCCGGUUGGCAGCAGGCAGGCGAGCAUGAUACCGUGAAUGCUCCUCACAAAUCUCCACAAAUGUCUCUAAAAGUUAAGUUUAAACGAGAAACUAUGUAGGCUUAAAAUAACACGUAUAUGUGGGAUGAAUCUGCGAUCUGGUGCGGCCACUAAAGUCUGUAUUGCCAAAAAGAAAACAAAGAAGAAAGACGCGACAAACAUCUCAAACAAAGGAGGUUUUCAGUCACGUGAUCCUGACUUCGCGUGAGGACCAAAUGGAGGGCAGGAAGCGACCAACUGCAAUGGAGGAGAUGUGCCGGUUUUUAGCCUUAGAUGGAGUUUACCACCCGCUUUGGGCUGCAUUCCCAAACAACCCCACUCCGAGAAGUUCGGACCCCGGCUCAACAGGGGCCGCUACCGGCCUCACACCGUCCACAGGAUUCGGCGCUGGGCUCUUCGUUUGCCGCUGAAUUUAAGCAUAUUACUAAGCGGAGGAAAAGAAACUAACCAGGAUUCCCUCAGUAGCGGCGAGCGAAGAGACUCUCAAAUUUGACACCUUAACCUUAAGGGUACCUUAGAAGAUCAUGAGAACUCAACUCAAGAGUGCAUCAUAAGCAUUCAUCUGUGAAACAGACCACAGCCAUAAAUCUUCAGAGUGGCUGUGUUUCCUGUGACUCUCUUUAGGUGCAGAAUAAAGAGAAGAACUGCAAAUGAUUCAAUUUCAGGUUUAAUGGACACUUCACCAGGAUUUUCCAUCUGUACACCAGGGAUCCGUUUCACGUAGGUGGUUCAACAAACUCUGAGUCAAAUCCUUAACUCUGAGUUGAUCUACUCUGAGAUAGGAAACUCUGAGUUUCCGGUUUCACAACACCUGAUUUGAGUCGGUUUUAGCAACUCCGAGUAGUUUCACCUGGAGUUAAGCACGUGCACGCCAGACAUAAACAGCCAGCAUCUGUGGAGCCCAGAUUCAUUGAUCAACCAAUGGAAACAGGGAGACGGAGGGGGCAGCUGCAAGCCAACGGCGAAUUACAGCCCGUUUUUAAAAGAAAGUGCAAUACAGCAGCAGCUGCAAAGGAGAGGGAGAGGGCUUGGGAGGAAAUUGCUGCUCGCGUCAAUGCGUAACUUUAAAUCUAGUCUUGUGCAAUCACAAUGACAGACUGUUGCAGGGGAAACUGCUUGCAUGGAGCAAAUGAAUUUAUUGCUGGUGUAUGAGUUUCCCAUCUCCACUGUGGAAGGGUUUGAGAGGAGGGUCAGCAGCCGCCUGCGACGAUGGUUGGGUCUGCCUAGAAGCCUAAGCAGCAUCGCCCUUUACGGCAACAAGAACAAGCUGACUCUCCCCAUAAACAGCCUCACCGAGGAGUUCAUGGUUGCCAGAGCGAGGGAGGUUCUCCAGUACAGGGAAUCCAAGGACCCAAAGGUUUCCCAAGCAGGAAUUGAGGUGAGGACUGGCAGAAAGUGGAGAGCGAAGGAGGCUGUGAACCAGGCAGAAUCACGGCUGUGCCACAGAGACCUCGUGGGAUCGGUGGCUGCCGGCCGUGCAGGACUGGGAACCACUUCCAACAACCCGGUACAACAAGCUCAAGGGCAAGGAGAGGCGGGACCAGGUCCAGCUCGAGGUGAGGGCCGGAAUUGAAGAGCAGCGUGCAAGCCAGUGGGUGGGAUUGAGGCAACAGGGCGCGUGGACCAGAUGGGAGGAAGCCACAGACAGAAAAAUCUCGUUGAACGAGCUGUGGAGGGCUGAACCCCUCCGCAUUAAAUUCCUCAUUCAGUCUGUCUAUGAUGUCCUGCCCAGCCCAUCGAACCUCUUCUGUUGGGGCAAGGUUGAAACUCCAGCAUGUUCCUUGUGCCAAGGAAGAGGAACCCUGGAGCACAUCCUCAGCAGCUGUCCUAAAGCACUUGGUGAAGGCCGCUAUCGCUGGCGCCAUGAUCGUGUGCUGAAGGCGGUUGCUGAGUCCAUCAACACUGCCAUCUUCCAGAGCAAACGCUUACAACCAUCAAGGCGUGAAAUCUCCUUUGUAAGAGCCGGAGAUCAACCACCUCCCCGACCUAAAGCCCAGUCAGGCCUCCUGGGAACAGCGAAGGACUGGCAGCUAAGGGUGGACCUGGGAAAACAACUGAAAUUCCCUGAAAACAUUGUGGAAACCAGACUUAGGCCAGACAUCGUCCUAUUCUCAGAGACAUCCAAGCAAGUCAUCAUGUUGGAGCUAACAGUGCUGUGGGAGGAGAGAAUGGAAGAAGCAAGUGAGAGAAAGAGAGAGAAAUAUGCAGAGCUGGUGGAGGAGUGCCGCAAACGGGGGUGGCGUGCACGAUGCCUACCGAUUGAGGUGGGGGGAAGAGGCUUUGCAGGGAAAUCACUCUGCAAGGCCUACAGUCUCCUGGGCAUCACAGGGGCACGGAAGAGGAGAGCCAUCUCUACAGCCUCUGAGGCUGCAGAGAGAGCCUCGCAAUGGCUGUGGAUCCAGAGGGAUAAGCAGUGGUUGAGUGCUUCUUGGACACGGGCCGGGAACUGAUCACCCCGGUCGGGUCACCUGAGUGAGGGGGUCUGAAGUUGAAAGACCCGAAACCCCCGAUGAGCUCAGGCACUAUCACUGAGGAUGUGUCCAAGAAAAGCAUCACUAGAUGUAUGUAAGAAUCAUUAUGUAGGUGCAAUCCAGCGGGACAAAAGCGCACUUGGCAGCAGCUGAAAAUUAAAUAUAAAAACAUUGUGCAAACAGGUGAGACAUCUGCAUUUUCUCAUUUUGAUCAUGUUUUACAUUGUCAAGUAAGUAUUAAGUGGCAGUUUGAUCCCUUACAAAAUGCUCUUUUCACACUCAAAAAUGAAUUUUACUCUCUUAUGAUGUUCUGUUAAAUGAUUAUGAAUAUUAAACUAACUCUCAGUAUGUAUAUGUACAUAUAUUAAACUAACACACACUACACUCAAUAUUAGACUUUCACUCAGCAAACAGAAAGAGGGCAGAUGCCAGAAAAACGGGUGGUGGCCCAGCAUCAUAAGAGAAUAAAAUUCAUUUUUGAGUGUGAAAAGAGCAUUUUUUAAGGGAUCAAACUGCCACUUAAUACUAACUUGACAAUGUAAAACAUGAUCAAAAUGAGAAAAUGCCAAUCUCUCACCUGAAACUCUGGGUUUACUGAGUAAAACCUGGGGCCUGUUCUAUGAAGCAGGAUUACUGCUUAUCGAGGUAACUUCGAGGAUAACAUACGCUGAACGGCUAACCUGCUCCGGGGCAGGUUAAGUUCCAGAUUGAACUCACCGAGUAUAAAAACCCCGCCCACUGACCAAUGAGCUCUCUCGAAAAACGGCUUGUCCGUUCUUGGAGGAUCCUAUAGACCUCGGUGCUCACAUUGUACGAGGAGGAGCACUCCGGCGUGCGAGAGUUUACAGGGACCACAUGGACUCACUUACUUUUCCGGAUGACCACCUUUAUGAAAGGCUCAUAUGGCGGACAUAUCACACAAAAAAUGUAAACACGAUAGGAAUGAACAAAUGAGUGAAUUCAUCUUGGAAAUGAAUGGGCAUGAGCUGCAUGGGCUGUGUGAUCACAGACAACAUCUCAGUACUAUUUAGUAGCAGCGCACGCCCCUUAUAAUAACCCCCGUAAAUACUGUUGUUCAGGACUGCUUACUUGUGCUUCCUACCUACUGUAAUAACCGUUGUUCUAGCCCACAUGCAACAUUUUUGUUCUCAUUCAUGAAACGCUUAAAUCGGGGACAUUUUCGGGGACAGCUUUAGCCGGGGCCAGAUCAUCCAAUUCGGGGACUGUCACUUUAGUUAAAAGCGCAUGUUGAACAGUGCUAUUUCAGGGUGAUAAUGGCAUCAAAGAUGCAUUUUCUGCCAGCAUUCCCUCCGUGCUUUUGCAGCGGCGACGGUGUUGCUUUUGAGGUUUAUGAUAGCUUUGAAUUCUUCAUACUUUCUCAUGAUCAUCUCCUGCUCCUCGUUUGCAAAGUACGCAGUCCUUCACUCUCUAGCCUGCUCUGACGCUCCAGACUGAUCCAUGUUCGCGAUUGGUCAGAUGCGGCGGGCUCCGCCUUAUAUGUGUGCACGCGCUCAUAGCAAAGCUGGAUCCACUUAUGAGGUUGUUAACCAGCGUCGUAAAACCGCUUAGCGAGACCGCUGGCUACCGCGCUAAGUUGAGCGAGGUAGCUCCAAAGCUUCCUCGCUAGGUUGAACUUGCUUCGUAGAACAGGCUCCUGGUCCCGACCAGGGGCCUGUUCUACGAAGCAGGAUUACUGCUUAGCGAGAUAACUUCGGGGAUAAGUUCGGGGUUUCCUGUUCUACGACGCGGGUUCACUUCUUAGCGAGGCGAGUCUCCAUGGCAACAUACGCUGAACGGCUAACCUGCUCCGGGGCAGGUUAAGUUCCAGAUUGAACUCACCGAGCAUAAAAACCCCGCCCACUGAUCAAUGAGCUCUCUCGAAAAACGGCUUGUCCGCUCUCGGAGGAUCCUGUAGACCUCGGUGCUCGCAUUGUCCGAGGAGGAGCACUCCGGCGCGUGAGAGUUUACAAGGACUGCACGGACCCAUUUACUUCUCCGGAUGACCACCUUUAUGAAAGGCUCAUAUGGCCGACAUAUCACACCAAAAAUGUAAACAUGAUAGGAAUUAACAAAUGAAUGACUUCAUCUUGGAAAUGAAUGGGCAUGGGCUGCGUGAUCACAGACAACAUCUCGGUACUAUUUAGUAGCAGCGCACGCCCUUUUUAAUAACCCCCGUAAAUACUGUUGUUCAGGACUGCUUACUUGUGCUUCCUACCUACUGUAAUAACAGUUGUUCUAGCCCACAUGCAACAUUUUUGUUCUCAUUCAUGAAACGCUUAAAUCGGGGACAUUUUUGGGGACAGUUUUAGACGGGGACAGAUCAUCCAAUUCGGAGACUGUACCCGGAAAUCGGGGACGUCUGGUCACCUUAGUUAAAAACGCAUGUUGAACAAUGCUAUUUCAGGGUGAUAAAGGCAUCAAAGAUUAAUUUUCUGCCUUCCGUGCUUUUGUAGCAGCGACGGUGUUGCUUUUGAGGUUUGUGAUAGCUUUGAAUUCCUUAUACUUUCUCAUGAUCGUCUCCUGCUCCUCGUUUGUAAAGUCUGCGUUUGUAAAGUUGAGCGAGGUAGCUCCAAGGCUACCUCGCUAGGUCGAACUUGCUUCGUAGAACAGGCCCCAGGUUAGGUUCACAGAGUCUGUUACUAUGUUAACUGAUCGCGAGGUUGAGUUACCUCUCUUUGUGAAACAGGUUAGAGUUACCCCUCUCUCCCUGGUUUAACUGACCCUCCUUUGUGAAAAGGAAAACUCAGAGUUUCCCUGAUUUCAGGGUUAACGGACUCUGAGUUUCCAUUAAACCUGCUACGUGAAACGGACCCCAGAUCGGCAGUGAAACAGUCUUUGUCCUAUUUGUUUAGCAUGUUUAUAAGCCAAACUGCUAACUUCACAAAUUUAUUCCAGGUUUUCGAUGGACCAAGAGCUCCCCCUAGUGAUGUCUUCCGAAUAUGAUUUUGGUCAUUCCUUUAUUUAAUUAUGUUGCAUGAUUAUAUACUUUGUAGCUUAGUGAAUGGUCUUCCCGAAAUAGGUUAGCAAUAUUAGAAGUAGUAACUGAAAACUCUUUUAUACGAGUUAAGAAUGUUUUGAUCGUUUUAACGCUAUGCCUGUCUACCUCAUCAGAAUAUAUGUCUUAAUCAUUUACUAAGUACAGAUUGACAAGGUUAUAUUCCAAUUGAGUGUUAUCACAUAUGUGUUUCUUAUGCGUGAUGUUAUGUUAUGGUUUGAUGCCUCUGCUCAUAAGAAACUAUGAAGUGAAACUAUAUCAUAUGUGAUUUGAUAAACAGCAUUAAACAUAGUGAGUGAGUACAUUAGACCCAACUCGCUUAUUAAUCCCGCAAGUUAAAAUCAAUUCUCUUGCCAGCCUGAUCAGCCCCUGCUGUGAACAAUGAAUGGGUGCACGAGCUCCCCCUCCUUUCGUUCACGCCUCACAUCAAAUGGGUUAAAAGUGCUGAGCUGACUCUUUUCGCUUUUUUACCAUCUUUGCUCUCAUCGUCUUUUUGUCUCGUGUGUUUUUGUCUUCGUCCAUGGUCUUGUAACUUUUCCCGUGUUUUUUUUUUAAUUCGCUUUAAGUUCAGACUUUUCCAGAAACUUGGAUGACCCCAUACCCAAGUUCCUUUAAAACAUUAGUAAUCAGCUGCGCGCAUAGAGUACCAAAGUCUUAGUCUUUUAUUUUGUUUAGUUCGCUAAAGUGACUCCUGAGAAUAAUAUCGGCUGGCCAGUGAAAUUAUUUUCUUAAGUUAUUAUCGCGAAUUGAUCUGCAGUAAAGCUAAUCCUGAACGCCCGGAGGACCGACCUGCAUCAUCUGCCGAGCUGCGUUUGCCAUAAGAUUCCGGAAGGAGAGCGCUGUGGGACCCACAGGGCGCAUUUGGCGUGCAUUUGGGUGUGACGACAGAGACACCGUUCGGCCUGCUGCUAGCCGCCCUGCAAAGACUAUGUUAUCAACUAGCAUUUGUCAAUAAAUUGUCAAUAAAUUGUCCAUUGAAUUUUAAGUUGUAGUCUCUUAGUGGUCAAUAUCCAGGAGUGAAGUCCCUGAAAUGAAAAUUCCGGCCUCAGAUGUGAGAUUGAUUUAAAUCUGUUUAAGACCGAUUCAACGUUUGAUUAUUCAAUUGAACUUUGUUUUGUCUUUUUCCCACCAGAAAGGUGGGUGGUGCCCCUUCAACAAGUGCAUAAAUGUCAUAAUUGAAGAUUAUUACUCUUCAUUUCAUUUAUUAUAAAUUCAAAUCGCAACAUAAUUAUAGUCAAAAUGUCUUCUGAUAAGUUACUCUUUACACAAUAGUCAUGUUUAUUGUGUUGCAAAGUAUAUUAAUGAAACUAUGAUCUUUUUUUGUACAUGAACCAUAACACUUUAGAAAGAUAAACUUAAAGAAGUGAGCUCCUGACGCAGUCACGGCCUCUUUUCUGGUGAUGUCAUUUAAAUGCUUUUCCCGAAGUAAGCAUACAGACAUUUGACAGUGAUGGUACUAUGGUUCCAUAAAUGUGACAGUUGUUUUUGUCACAGCAGUACAGCAUUUGGCCAUCAGAUGGGGACUGACCACUGAGCAGGUCUAAGCCGCACAACAAAGAUCCACAAGAGGGUGCUUGGAUCAUAAAUAAUUUUUUUGCGCUGCUUUUUACCUUUUAAAAGGUAGUUAUUUUCAGCCACGUUUUUCCUGUAUCAAUGACAUAAUCAUUAAGGAAUUAAGGCAAAAUUCUGAAUAAAAAUUCUCGCUUUUUUCUGUAUAAACAAAAUUAUCUCAUAAAUGUAUGUUAAUCUGUUGGCUGUUCAUCAAGGUUAAUAAGCAGAUAUACGCAAACAUACACAUUAAGCAGCAGCAGAACAACAAGUCUGAAACUGGAGCUUUUUUUAUUAGAAUUACACGUCACCUCUCACAGCAUUAAUAUACUUCAUUAAUUAUAUAGACUGUCAAUAUGAUUUAUAAAAAGGCUGAGCAGGAAAGCCUUUACUCUGCUAUUCUUGGAAUAAGAUUGGUUUUGAUAAAUAGUGUGACUGGAGGACAUUUACUUGUGAAAAAGUUAUUUUAUUUUGUGUAUAUGUUACUUCAGUUUGUUGAAAUACACCACAACACUGAACUCAUUGUCUCAGUGUUUGAAUGUGACGUUGGGUCGGUUUUUUAGGACUGACCAGGUUCUUCCUGACGAGUUUGGACUGUUCGGAUCUCCACCUGAGUUUCUGCUGUACUGAGCUGUUUCAUACAGGUCUGACAGGUUAGACUCUAAUCCAGUAUCCUUUCCAUGUUUUCAUGUGGACUUCAGGAAAAUGCAGAACCAGAACACAGACCGGAUCAUCCCCAAGGUCCGAUACCACCCCACCAUCCAGAUGCCUGGAAACAAAGGGCAAAUCAAGACCCCUCAGACUCAGAAGGCCAGACCGUCACCUGUGCGAACCCCCCAGACUCGAAUCAAGGUGGUCCAUCAGAUCCUACAAGUAGAUCCAUCUGUAAGACCAUGUCUUGUUCCUAACAGUGGGCCAAAACCUGCAAACACACCGGACCAGAAAUCAGUUCAGAGAUCAGACACUAAUCCUCCUCUAAUGCCAGCCCAGGUCUUGGGUGAAGCCUCGUUCACUCCUGAUCAGAUCCCUGUGGGUGUGGAAGUCCAGUUGGACAGGCGUGUAGUUGAGGAAGUGGAGUCUCUGACCCGAGGACAAAGAACCAAUCAGAAGUGGUUCAACUGGAGGAAGAACCGGAUCACGGCCUCUGUGGCUCAUCGCAUUGCUCACUGCCGCUUCGUUAACGGCAGAAGCAAAACCCCGCCCAUCUCCUACAUAGAUGACAUCGCAGGUAGGCCUCAAUAAAGCAAUGCAAAAAUAGCACUAAAAACAGAAAAACACAAAAGAUUGUAGUUUAUUUUAGAGUAAUAGAGUAGUUGAUUAUUGUAGCUGAUGUCUAGGUUUAUUUGACCUUACAGAAUAUGUAAUGAUGGUUAUUCUGACUGGUAGAAGCAAGGAGGGGUUUAAAAUUGGUUAUUCUGUGCCACAGGUGAGAGGCGGCGAAUCCAGACACGAGCCAUGACCUGGGGGAUUAACAGGGAGGCUGAGGUGGUCCGAAAAUAUCAGGCAGGAGUCAUUAACAAUAAUAAUGUGAAUGUGUGAUCAUAGAGGUGCGGCUUAAUGAAGACUGCAGUGUUUCCCCUACAUUCUUGCACCGCUUCUGAAAUUUCAAAUGAUCAUUAAUAUCAAUGCGCCACUAAUGUUUUCUACUCGCACUGUGUGAGCACAACAACACACGGCGUUAUUUUCAACUUGUUUUGAGUCAUCAACGAGCAGAUCAAAUCAUGUUGAACCCUCUUCCAUAACGUUCAAGCUUAUACACGGUCUAUAUGGCGAGUAGCGCAGGUAAUGUAAUGUGGCCACGCCGUUUGACCUAUACACGAUUUCUGACAUAAUUUUUCUUAAGGUCUCUCCUAAAAACUGGAGGAAAUAUAACAUAAAAUUGUAAAUGUUUUGCUUUGGAGGCCGCCAUUUGUUGGUGCUUGCAAAAAGCCAUAUUUGUGUUUCCGGUGGGCACUGUUGCUGUAUUUGCCUUUGCUACCAGGUGGCACUACAAUGCCCACUGCUUGCAGUGUUGGCUCAGACCCUAAAUAAUUCCGAGCAUCUCAGUAGGGCUUUUACCUGCUGCCUUCACCAUUGGAUCGACCCCUUAAUAAUUCCUAGCAUCUCAAUAGGAUAAUUACAUUUGUAAUGCUAAUGAUAAUGACUGUGGUUAAGAUUAUGAUGAUAAUGAAGAAGAUAAUGACCAUGGUUAAGAUAUGGUGAUAAUAAUAAAAAUGAUGAUGAUGAUUAUUAUGAAAAAGAUAAUGAUAAUGAAGAAGAUAUUGAUGACUAUGACAAUGAUAAUGGUUAUAACAAUGUUAAUGAAGACGAUAAUGACGAUCAUGAAAGUGAUAAUAAUGAGAAACAUAAUAAUGAUAACAAUAAUCAAGAAGAUAAUGAUGAUGUUGAUAAUGUUGUCUUGCAGGGACUGAAGAGCGCUGAGUUGGGUCGGUCCGUCACAGUGAGGGACUGUGGUUUGUUCAUUGACUCACAGCGUUCCUGGUUGGCUGCAACUCCUGAUGGCAUCGUGAUGGACAGCCUAACCGGCCAAUGGCUGAUUUGCCUAGAGGUGAAGUGUCCCUACAAACACAGGAACAGCCGGGUGGAGGACGCCUGCAGAGAAGACAAAGCCUUCUGUCUGGAAAUACAAGAUGAGGAUAGAGUUGGGCAGAAGCCUGUUGGGGUAAACUUAUCCCAUCCUCUUCACCCUCCUUGUCUAAAUGUCCUCUGUGUUCGAUUUUCCCCUUCUGUCCUUUUUGAGUUUUCCUCGUAUAUAUGUAUCUCUGUGGUACACUUGUUGUCCAAAGUUGUCCACACCUCAUUGUUAUUGUUACUGUUAUUCUCCCCUUUCCUUUUAAUUAUUAUUAUUAUUCCGUACCUUUUUUUGCCCUUUUCAACUCCUUCCCACUUUGUGCUAUUUUAACCAUUCAAACUUUUUACUAAUGCAUUCCUUCAGGACAUGAUUGCUAUUACCUUUACUUUUCUACCAUUUAUACUUUUUGCAAUAUUUCACUUUUUUUUUGCAAAAUUUUGACCAUUAGAAAUGAAUGGAGAAAUUAUUUGUUUCUUCAUUCCAAUUCAUAACCAAAAUAUGGUUGGAUGCUGCAGACUGCAGAAAUCUGUUUUAGUUUUUGUACAUUUAAUGGGAAAAUUGUUACACAUUAUUCUAAGGCAUUUGUUUUUCAAAUUCAAUUGUCCUUAUUAUCAGUUCUGUUUAUUCACAUAAGUCAUAUACUAUUUUCACUUUAGCUAUUAUACAAUUUACCUUCAGCCAUACUACAAUUCUUCCAUUCAUACCAUUUCUUCUUCUUCUACGCCACCUUUUCAACAGUUUUUCCAUACAUACCUUCCUCCGUUUUUUUUAGCAGUUUAGCAUUGCUUUUUUCAGCUUUCAGCACUCAGCAUUUCCACGCAUUUUCUGCAAGGAAAUGCAAUUUUUGUAGUCUUGCCUUGUCCUUUCUGUCCUGUCUGCUAACUUUGUGCUAUCCUCAUCUUUCUGUUCUUCGCAGUUCAUCUGUCCUCAUUUCUUACACUCCCAUCAUGUCCAUUUGUCCCACUUAUCACCUCAUUACCUGUACCUUAAAUGUUUCCUGUCUCCUCUUGUCUCUGAUGUCCUGUUCUUGUCUUCCAGUCCCCUGUCUACUGUCUGAAGAAGUCGCACAGUUACUACACUCAGAUCCAGUGCCAGCUGGCGGUGACGGGGCUGCAGCAGGCUGACCUUGUUGUUUACACCCUGAAGGAGACAGCCAUUGUCCCUGUAACCUUUGACCCUGAUCUUUGGGAGGAGACGGUGUCCAAAUUGGAGGUGUUUUACAGGAAGGCCUUCCUUCCACUCCUCAGAGAGAAGACGCAGAAGAGACCGGCAGUGGCCGUAAGACCAGAGUUGUAGAGGAGUCAUAGGUACGGUCCCCAGCUGUAGUGGCCUCUGACCUCUGUGGACAAGUGGGUGGUAUCAGCUGCUGCUCCUCAGAGCGAUUCAUGUCCAUGCGGCCUGUUUUAAUGUUAGUUUUGAUGUUUUAUAGGAGGAAUUCAAUCAGGACCCCAUUCAGCUCACUGAGGUUGUUGUUGUAACCCUCACCCUGUAACAAACUCCUCUUGCUGUUGUUUACAUCAGUGUGUGUUUGGCAUCAUGUGGGGACUGCUGUUACAUCAUUAAAUAUUGAUAACUUUGAUUCGUAGACAUGGUUUUCUUGUUCUUUUUUCUGCCGCUCCUGAUUUCUCUGAGCGUCUUUAAAUACACAUAGACAGGUGGAGGGAUUAAAUCUCAGCUUAGAGACGAAUAACUGACCUCCUGAUCCACCUUGAUCCAGACUUUGGGGAGGUCUGAAAGCACAGUCAGUUUUGUGAAAGACAUGUAUGGUAUGCAGCAAAACAAUGCACAGGAGACAGGAAGAGAUCUUGGCGCUUGCCGUGAGCCUGCUUAUUUAUAUACUAAUUUAUUCUUUUGCAUUAAUGUAUUUCUGCUCGCUUUAUCUUGUUCUUUGAUUUUGUUUUUACGUGUCAUUGUACAGCACUUUGGCUACCCUAGUGGUUCUUUUAAAUGUGCUUUAGAAAUAAAGUUGAUUGAUUGAUUGAUUGAUUGAUUGAUUGAUUGAUUGA